AUGGCGAGUCUGGUGAAGAGGGAAACGAUGAGGACAUGCUUGAGCUGUCCUCUCUGCGACAAUAUCCUCCGUGACGCCACCACUAUUUCCGAAUGCCUUCACACGUUUUGUAGGAAAUGCAUCUAUGAGAAAAUCACAGAGGAUGAGAUUGAGUCUUGCCCAGUAUGCAACAUCGACCUCGGUGGCACCCCACUGGAGAAGCUGAGGCCUGACCACAAUUUGCAAGAUUUGAGAGCCAAAAUCUUUCCUCUAAAACGAAAGAAAGUGAAAGCUCCUGAAAUAGUGUCCUUACCAGCAAAGAGGAAGGAGAGAUCUAUAUCGUCUUUGGUUGUAAGCAUACCAAAGGUGUCAGCACAUGCCGGAAAAACGGGGAAAAGAAGUAAAGCGGUCACGAGAAAAGAGUUACGAGGUAAAGCUUCUUUGGCUAAGAAAACUGUGAAGAAAGAGGAAUCUUCUGGUGAUGAUCUUCCAGAGAGCACAAGCUCACCUGACACUCUUAACAAAUCCACUCAGAAUAAAAGGCAGGGAAAAAAGUCAUAUGCAGACUCCUUAUCCAAUAAAGAAAACAAGGAUGGUGAUGAACCCUGGGAUUGGAAACCUUUAAAUUUUCUGGUCGAAGUGGCAAACAGGACAAAGUCCGUGAAGUCUUCUGCUUCUCAAGGGCCAGGCUCGAAAUCUGAGCACGCGAAUGCAUCUCACAAUCAAUUUCAAAGGAAUAAAACCAAACUUAAGGAUCACAAAAGCAAAUGUAAGCGUGAGGAUGAAAAGAGUAAUAAUGGUGAUCCUACAACAUCAGAAACUGCUACUCCUAAAAAACAGCGUAGGACUCGACGCAAAAGGUCUGCAUCUACCUUUGCUGAUCCGGAUGAGUCAAGUGCAAAACGGGAGAGGAGAAAUGGUCCUUUUUGGUUCUCACUUGUGGCAUCCAAUGAUCAGGAGGGAGAAACUUCUUUGCCUCAGAUUCCAGCAAAUUUUUUGAGAAUAAGGGAUGGAACUAUUCCAGUUUCUUUCAUCCAAAAGUACCUCAUGAAGAAGCUAGACCUCGAGAGUGAAACGGAGAUAGAGAUAAGAUGUAUGGGAGAAGCGGUGAUCCCGACACUGGAGCUACAGAAACUGGUGGAUCUAUGGUUGCAGUCAAGUUCAAAGCACCAACGAUUUGCUGCGUCGAUAGGUUCCUCUGCAAAGGAUUAUACGAUGGUGCUUGGCUAUGCUCGAAAACAUCCUGAGUGCGACAAGUAA